UGUUUUUUCUUUUUUUUUCGUAGGAGAGAAAUUUUCUCGAAGUAAAGUUACGAAACUAGCUGCUCGGAGAUACAAUUUAUUAUUAUUGUUGUUGUUGUUGCUGUUUAACCAUGGAAAUAGAUAAAUUUGAUCAAAUAAAGUACUUUCAUCGAAUCGUUUUAAUAAUUUUUAUCGCAUGUUGUGCAGCUCAAACGGAAGACGAAGGUUUUCGGAUGGAUUCUACAGAAAAAAUGCAAGCAGUGAAAGAUAAAAUAUUUAAGGAUUAUGAUAAAUCGAUCAGACCAACAAUAGAUGAAUUCCAAGAAAAAUUCAACGUUACACAAGUGUAUAUCACUUUUAUUCCUAUAUAUGUUAACGACGUGGAUGAAGAAAAAGGGUUAUUGGUUUUUGAUUCAAUGGUAUGGAUGUCUUGGCUAGACGUACGAUUACAAUGGAAUGAUACUUUUUACAAUGAUCAUCUACAGAUACCAAAAGAUAUGCUUUGGGUACCUGAUAUCUCUGUUCUAAACAGUCUGAGCUCCGCAGUGGAUGCCACAUAUGAUGUCCCACUUCAAGUCUACCCUUAUGGCUACGUAUACUGGAUACCGAAAUUGAAGACAAUCACUUCAUGCACUUCAUUAACCCAAACAGAAUACCCCAAUGAUAUAUUAAUAUGCACAAUAGAAUUAGGAUCUUGGAGCAUAGAUGGAUGGACUGUCAUGCUAAACCAAGGACAUCAAAUGUAUUUAGAGCAUUUUGAGAAUAUUCAUCAAGGAUGGGAGCUUUUAGUCUCAGAAAUUGAAAUGACGAACGAGACUUGGUAUUAUGAAUGUUGCAUUUCACCAUACGUGAGCCUGACCUACCACCUUCCCCUGAAGCGCCGACCAUUGCCACAAAUUGAAGCUACCAGAAUACCGUGCAUUCUAAUAAUGAUUCUUACUCUAGCUACAUACUGGUUGCCAAAUCAACACAAUAUGAAAUAUAUUUUGAAUCCUCUUCUGUUUACAGUCCUGAGUGUUCUUUUGGUGUACGUCAUCAGCAGUACUAGAAAUCCUUUGGGAGUCUUGCGUGGAGUUUCAUUUCUGCAGUCGACGAUGUAUAUUGGAAUCAUAACAGUUCUUCUACAAGUUUUCGUAGUUCAUAAAGUUGCAACUUGGUCGACAACAUCCAAUCCACCAAUAACUGUUAUUGAAAUCUUAACGGGUCGACUAGGAAAAUAUCUGUUAUUGAGAUCUCCAUUUUCGGAAGAUAAAGUGAUCCUCGAUCAAAUGAAGCUUAACGAAGAUUUCACAACUACGGAAAGGAUUUCAAUUAAAGAAGAAUGGAUUUUGUUGGCAACAGCAUUGGAUCGAAUAUUUUUUUCAAUAAUGUCAAUAGUUACUCUCUCUGUACACCAUUUAUGAAAUAUGAUAAUUUUCUUUAGCGUUUUUAUGUAAAUGAGAAAAAUUAAACAAUAUACUCAUAUGUCCAAAAUUAGAUGUUUAUUUUAAAAUCAUGUGAAAAUAAAGAAAGUGUUAAUAUUGAAACAGAUAGGAAUAAAGCUAAACGGCAUGAAAAGUA